UUUAAUAACUUAGUUGGCGGGGAAUCUACAAUAAAUAAAGGCAUACAAUUCACAAUAUAUAUCUACCUGACCAGUCCAGUCAGCAAUUGAAAGCGUUUAAAAGCUAAGGAGAUUUGAGUAUUGUAAACGUCAAAAUGCCAGAAGAAGUUCCCGACAAGGAUAAGCCGGCGUAUUCGUUCUUCUUUGGUUCGAUGGGUGCGGCAUCGGCCAUCAUUUUCUCGGCCUUGGGAGCGGCAUAUGGAACGGCCAAGUCGGGCACCGGAAUCGCAGCCAUGGCCGUAAUGCGACCGGAGCUGAUCAUGAAGUCCAUCAUUCCGGUGGUCAUGGCCGGCAUUAUUGCGAUCUACGGUUUGGUGGUGUCGGUUUUAAUUGCCGGAUCACUUUCGGAUUCAUAUACCAUUCGCAAGGGAUACAUUCAUUUGGCCGCCGGACUUUCCGUAGGAUUUUCCGGACUGGCGGCGGGCUUUGCCAUCGGCAUUGUGGGCGAUGCCGGCGUGAGGGGCACCGCCCAGCAGCCACGCCUCUUUGUGGGCAUGAUCCUGAUCCUGAUUUUCGCCGAGGUCCUGGGUCUCUAUGGCCUGAUCGUCGCCAUUUACCUGUACACGAAGUGAAAAGAAGCUUCUUUUCCCUUCUGCAAACUUGAAUUAUUGCAUAUUUUUAGCAAAUCCUUUUUAAGUUAAAUACUGUUUUAAAAAAGCAAUAAAAGCUUUAAAAAUUG